CGGACCUCAGCGGACCUCCCACUAAUAGUCUUACCAGUUGAAUUCCCUUUUUAGGGUUGUCCACUUAGCACGCCGACCAGAACUUCACUUGACCUCACUCGCAAACAGCAAUGGCACUCCCAACAAAUGGGCGAGUGAUAAUCGACAUAACUGCAGGAGAAAUUGAAAUUGAACUAUGGUCAAAUGAAACACCAAGAACAUGUCAGAACUUCAUCGCACUAGAAGAGGCACGAGGGCGUGGGAUGUGGGGUUUCGGGCUGAGGCGCAGAUCCUCGUGUUCCUGGUUCAGCACCACAAGGGUGAUAUCUUCGUAGUUGUCUGCGCUCAUCUUUCACAGAAUCGUACCGGGUUUCUUAGUCCAAACCGGCGACAAAACAGGGACAGGUGGAGGAGGGGAGUCAUUCUAUGGAGCGAAACGUUGUGGUUGUCCUCUUAUCCCUCAUCCAAAUUCCGUUGAUAUCGCCUCUACAUCACGAUGGAAGGCCUAGAGGACAUCUGGAAGAGAUAUCCAGCUUUCAGGAUAGCAGACCGACCGACCUUUAUUGUCGCGGGGUGAGAAACACUGGAUAUCAA